CCCAAAAUUACUGCAGUAAUUAACUUUUAAGAUUUUAUAAAAUUUCAGUAUUGUGUUAAAAUCUUUAUAAUGAAAGGGAGUGAAUCAUUUGAUGCGAUGUUUUCGGUUAUUAUGACAUCGCAGUCAUUGUGACGUCAUAAGGCAUCAUCAAAAGUUUCUGUUGUUAGAGACAAACAAAUUUUUAGAAAAGAUGGGCAUCUCUCAGAGCUGUUUGGCCAAAAAUAACAAAGUAGGUGUGUUGAAGGAGGAAAAGGAAGUUUACGAGAAAGUACUGCGAACAAUGGUCACAAAUGAGGUGACAGAAAAGAAAGGAGGUGUGGCGUUUGGUCUUACAUUCCUCUCGGAGGAAACCCGAAAGGUUCCACCACCAAGACUGCUGGAGGACAAAAAAGGGGAUUUUGAGAAAUGGAGAGAAUCUCAAGAAAAGGCACAGGCUGAAAAGCAGGAUCGGGCCCAACAGAACAGAGAGGAAGCCCGUAUUCAUAAAGAAAUUGAAGCUGCUCACAAAGAAAUGGAGAGGCUGGAGAAAUAUGUUAACAUUUGUCCUGAAUAA